CAGACGCGGCUUCGCGCCGGCUCAGCCGGGCAGGGAGCGCGGGGCCGCCAUCUUGGCUGAGGGCACGGCCCGGAGAACAGGGAAUUCCACGGGAUCCACACGGCCAUGGGGAGGAUCGGGCUGCAGCUCCGCGCCACGCUGGAGAACAUCACCCGGCUGCGGGCCGAGGGCCAGGACUUCCGAUGGUACCUCAAGCUGAAAUGUGGGAACUGCGGUGAAGUCUCGGAGAAGUGGCAGUACCUGCGGCUGAUGGACAGUGCUCCCCUGAAAGGCGGCCGAGGAAGCGCCACUAUGGUGCAGAAGUGCAAGCUGUGCUCCAGGGAGAACUCCAUCGAUAUUUUAAGUCAGACAAUCAAGCCUUACAAUGCUGAAGACAGCGAGAAGUUCAAAACAAUUGUGGAGUUUGAAUGCCGAGGUCUGGAACCAGUUGACUUUCAACCACAGGCAGGGUUUGCUGCUGAAGGUGCAGAAUCUGGCACACCUUUCAAUGACAUAAACUUGUUAGAAAAGGAUUGGAACGACUAUGAUGAAAAAACAAAGGAAUCUGUUGGAAUCUAUGAAGUUACCCAUAAAUUUGUAAAAUGCUGAAUUUCAUACCCGUAAUAAAUUAUGACAUGCUUACUGAUGGAGCUGUAAAGCAUCAGAUA